AUGCUGACAUCACCCGCAGCUCUGCGGGGCUGCGUGUUUUCGCGGUGGGCAUUUGUUCGUUCAUUCGUGGUGCAGGGCGGUGGCGGCGGUGGCGUCACGCGAGCCCUUCGACCAGACUGGGGUCGGCAUCUGAUGCAUACGCCGGCGGCUUCCGUGCGUACGGAUGUGGCAGGGAGCGGCGUCUAUCCGCACCAGGAGUACAACUCCUUUGAGAAGCAUGCUGACGACUUGGGUACCCUUUUUUCCGCUUUGGCACUUUAUCCCUCCUCUUCGCCUGGUGACGAGGGCAUUGUGGCAGUUUCACGUACCCCACCGCCCAGGAAACGUGUGCCGCGAUGGUUCUUUCCCGGACUCACUGGGGAGGUGGAGCAAAGGGGCGGAGUCGAGCCGGCAGCAAAUAAAUUGACGGCAACAUCUGGUGAAAGGGAAGGAAUGACACAUGCAUCAACGGAGUCGCGUCGCAUGAGCAGCGCAGGCGACACUGCAGCCCACACGUCGCAAGCCGCAUCUGAGCCUGCGCGUGGUGAACACGGUGGGGCGACGACAACAACCACCACCACCACGCACUUUAUAGUGCCAGCACCAGCGUCUUCACUGGAUGAUGGUCUUCCUUUGGCCUUUUGCAAGUAUGAGGCGCAACGCAAUCAGCGUAUCAAGGCGUUUUUGGUGACUGCAAUGGGUGGCGGCUUCGCAAAGGCGAGUACGGAUAGCGAUGGGCCUCGCAUGAGUUUCUCUGCCGCUUCGGCUGCAGCGGCAAAAGAGGCCGUUGGCCUUCGCCGUGUGUCACCUAAACUGCUGAUAUCGUUUCUUUCCUGCUCAGAUAAUGCCUGGAGUUGGGUGGACAUCACGGCGCACCCCACGGCUUCCCUUGACGAGUACCGUGACGCCCUCUCAGAGGUGUUGAUUGACCUCGGCACACAUGAGACGCUUGUCAGUGACGCGCUGGAACCGAUGCUGCUGCCGCAGACAACUGUGAUGCGUGGGUGUCACUGUCUGGUAGUUCGCUACGCCGAAGAUGCAGCGAAGGCCUCCAUGGAUGGUUUUCAGGACCUUACCAACCGUCUAACCAUUUUUGUGACCGAUAAACGUGUAAUCACGAUUCACCGCCUGCAUUGUGUCUUUGUGGAGAAGAUUAAACAGGAUUGGACGCAACUAAUGAAAGAGGAGAGUAAGACGUUCCUCUUGAGUCUGCUUGUGAAGGAGGCUGUGGAUACGUUUAACACCGCCCUCACUCGAUGCAUUGUGGAGUUUGACGGGUAUGAGGGAAGCCUCUUCUCCUCAGAGGGUCAUCGAUCGACGCUGGCGCGCCAAAUCUACCACAUCAAGCGUCGUGCAUCUGUGUACACGCGAACACUGAGUCUCCUUGGUGACGCCUACAGUCAUGUGUGUGGUGCUCUUCCCGUCAUGCCCAACGAUGUACAAUUUCAAGACGUACAGCAGGAUAUCGCCCAUGUACGAUCCUUGUCAGAAGAGCUGCUCAACAGCGCGGAUUCAGGCCUGCAGCUUCUUUUUCAACUCUCUUCCUACCAACUCAAUGAACUCAUGCGGGUGUUGACCAUUUUUAGCGCCUUCUUCAUCCCGCUUAGCUUUGUGGCUUCUAUCUAUGGCAUGAACUUUACUCACCUGCCGCUUAUUGAAGAUAAACAUGGUCACAUGUAUUGUAUUGCGCUGAUGGUGGCGGUGGGGAGCAGCCUUGGUGGGUGGUUCAAGUUUAAGCGCUUCAUGUGA